GCCUGUGCUUUUUUUUAUUCAUUUUUUUCGAAGAAAAGUAGAGUACCGCUGCGACGUCAACGAGAGCGAAUAAUGUCUUGGGAUAAUUCAUGUCACUCACAGUUGUGUUGAAAAAAAAAAGAAACAAUAGAAGCCAUGGGUGACCGUAAAAGGCAAUGCUGAUUGCCAGGAACGAGUGCAUCCUGUGGUUCACAGUCGGCGGUGCCUGAAAGAGUUUUUAUACAAGCCUGUGGCAGCGGUCCCUUUCUCGAAAAGGCAAUCGUUCAUCUUCUUUGAUUAUAGAGAGAAUAAAAUGAUGUGAUGAUCAAACUAAAAUAGCGGCUCUUUUUCCUUUUCGCUCCCAUGGAAACCGCACUCAGGAAAGCCACACGGCUCGAUUACAAUCCACCCAAACAAAAGCAUCUAUCUGCAUUGAUCUCAAUGACAUUCCAUCAUCCGGGAAUGGUCACGGAUAUGAUGGAUAUUCUGUCGAAACGACUUCGGGAAAAUUCUUGGAUUAUAAGUUUCAAGGUAUUGAUCAUUAUCCACUCUUUAAUGCGCGAUGGAAACGGUGAUCGAGCGAUUGCAUACGCCGAGGCGCAUCCGUCAUCCCUCGACACAAGUCGAUUACGAGAAAAAUCAUCAGGUCUGGUACAUAUCGAGAAUAUUCACAAUUAUACGAGUUACUUGAUCCAACGAGUCCACGCUUAUCGAGAGUUGAAAAUGGAUUACAUCAAAGCGACCACCGUGAAUAAGGUCAGCCGACUGCGUCGUCUAACAGUAGCUCAAGGCCUUCUUCGAGAUUUGCCAGUGUUACAAAAGCAAAUUGGGGCUCUUUUACGAUGUAAAUUUCACAUGGACGAUGUCGAUAAUACCAUCAGCUUGUAUGCUUUCCGCCUCCUGGUGGAAGACAUGCUUGUCCUGUUCCAAACCGUGAAUGAAGGUGUUGUCAAUAUACUAGAACAAUAUUUUACCAUGAGUCAAACGGAUGCCCGAGCAGCGUUGGAAAUCUACAAACGAUUCUCCAGACAAACCGAAGAUACCAUUGCAUUCAUGGCCACAGCAAGGCAUUUACAGCACGAAAUGCACAUGACCAUCCCUGUACCAAAACACGUAAGUGACAAAGCUUGGUAUUCCAUCAUUGUAAGCAAAUACUUGGUUGGUUGACACGAUGGACGCAAUACCUUGUAGGCCCCAUUGUCUCUGGCCACCGCUCUUGAAGAAUAUC